AUGGCGGCGGCGGCGGCGCCGCCGGUGGCCAAGAAGGUGCCGCGGCAGCUCGUCGAGCACGGCGACGUCCGCGUCGACAACUACUACUGGCUCCGCGACGACUCCCGAUCCGACCCGGACGUCCUCGCGCACCUCCGCGCCGAGAACGACUACACCGCCGCCGUCAUGUCUGAUGUCAAGCAACUUGAGGACGAAAUAUAUGCUCAAAUCAGAGGAAGAAUCAAGGAAGACGAUAUAGAUGCGCCUCUUCACAAAGGGCAGUACUACUACUAUGAGAGGACAUUGACUGGCAAGGAGUAUGCGCAACACUGUAGGCGUCCCGUACCGACUGAUGCUCCUAUUACAGUCCACGAUGUGAUGCCAUCAGGACCUGAUGCCCCUGAGGAGCAUAUUAUCCUGGAUGAGAAUGUUAAGGCUCAGGGCCAUGACUACUACAGCAUCGGAGCUUUCAAGGUCAGUCCCAACAACAAGCUAGUUGCUUACGCAGAAGACACUAAAGGUGAUGAAAUCUACACGGUCUAUGUCAUUGAUGCAGAGAGUGGAGUAUAUGUUGGCCAACCACUUAAAGGAAUUACUUCUGACAUUGAGUGGGCUGGUGACGACCACCUUGUUUACAUUACAAUGGAUAGCAUACUUCGGCCAGAUAAAGUAUGGCUACAUAAGUUAGGGUCUGAUCAAUCAAGUGAUGCUUGUCUGUAUCAUGAGAAAGAUGACACAUUUUCUCUAGGCCUUCAAGCUUCUGAAAGCAAGAGAUAUUUAUUUGUUGAAUCUGGAAGCAAAAAUACAAGCUUUAUAUUCUACCUGGACAUAUCCAAACAGAACAAGGAACUUGCUGUUUUGACACCUCGUGUGUAUGGCAUUGAUACAACAGCUAGCCAUCGUGGAAAUCAUUUCUUUAUUAAGAGGCGAAGUGAUGAGUUCUACAAUUCUGAAUUGGUUGCUUGCCCACUGGAUAAUGUAGUUGAGACCACUAUACUGCUACCACAUAGAGAAAGUGUGAAAAUACAGGACUUCCAGCUCUUUGACAACCAUGUUGCUGUAUAUGAGCGUGAGAAUGGCCUUCCCAAAGUAACUGUAUAUCGGCUACCUGCUAUUGGAGAGUCAAUUGGACAACUUCAGGGAGGUCGAGUGCUUGAUUUUAUUGAUCCAACAUAUUCUGUGGACCCUGAGGAGUCUCAGUUUCAUUCAUCUGUUCUUCGAUUUCAUUAUAGUUCAAUGAGGACCCCGCCCUCUGUUUACGACUAUGAUAUGGAUUCAGGGGUGUCUGUUCUGAAGAAGAUCCAUACUGUUUUAGGCGGAUUUGAUGCAUCAAAUUAUGUAACAGAAAGAAAAUGGGCUACUGCUGCUGAUGGCACUCAGAUCCCCAUGUCCAUUCUAUACAGAAAAGAUCUUGUGAAGCUUGAUGGCUCAGACCCUAUGCUACUAUAUGGCUAUGGCUCCUACGAGAUAUGCAUAGAUCCGAGUUUCAGAGGGUCAAGAUUCUCUCUGGUAGAUAGGGGCUUUAUAUAUGUGAUAGCUCAUAUCCGCGGUGGUGGUGAAAUGGGCCGGAAGUGGUACGAGGAUGGGAAACUAUUGAAGAAGAAAAACACUUUCACGGAUUUCAUUGAUUGUGCUGAGUACUUGAUAAAAAACAAGUAUUGUUCCAAGGAAAAGCUUUGCAUCAAUGGCAGAAGUGCAGGUGGCUUAUUGAUGGGUGCUGUCCUAAAUAUGAGGCCUGACUUAUUCAGGGCAGCUGUUGCUGGAGUGCCUUUUGUUGAUGUUGUCACAACUAUGCUUGAUCCAACUAUCCCAUUGACAACGGCUGAAUGGGAGGAGUGGGGUGAUCCAAGAAAAGAAGAAUACUAUUAUUACAUGAAAUCAUAUUCUCCUGUUGACAAUGUGACGGCACAAGAGUAUCCCAACAUUCUUGUAACCGCUGGCUUAAAUGAUCCGCGCGUGAUGUACUCUGAGCCUGCUAAAUAUGUGGCGAAGCUGAGGGAGCUGAAAAGAGAUGACAACCUUCUGCUGUUCAAGUGCGAGCUAGGAGCUGGACACAACUCCAAAUCGGGAAGGUUCGAGAAGUUGCAGGAGGACGCGUUUACUUAUGCGUUCAUCCUCAAGGCGCUGGGCAUGACUCGGAAGCUGGCUUCGCUAUGA